UUUUCUUUCCAGUUAAAAAAAAAAAAAACCUUCUAAACUCCAAAAUCCUUUUGAUCUCAUCAAUGGCGGAUUCGUCUGAGGAAACACUUCUCAACUCCCUCCGCAACGCCGGCGUUCGUCUCCCUCCCAACGUCUCCUCCAUCGGAGACCUCGAUCCCUCCGAUUUCGUCUCCAUCUGCGCUCAGUCUCUCAACCUCAUCGCCGGCGACACGGCGUCGUUUCCGACCUCCCUCCCCGCCGAUUCCUCCGUCGCCGAUCAGUUCAAGAGUUGUACGGACAUCGCUUCGGCGAUCAAGGAUCUCGGAUACCUCGCCGACAUUGGCUCCCACCAGUUCCUGUAUCCAUCUGAGGAGGAGUCGUGUAAAUUGAUUAGGUUUCUGGUGGAGAGGCUUUCUGAAUGUCCUCCGGAUGGUGGAAAAUUUGUCGAUUUUAACGUUUUUGGUGAGGGAAGCGAAGUGAAAAGAGAUGAAUUUGAGAGCUAUUUGGAGGAUUGGAUAGAGAAAACGGAUGAAAAUGGAGUGGAUAAUAAUUUGAAUAAACUUGAGGCCAAAUUGAAUGAUCUUAGGUUUACGAGUGAAGGAUCGGAAUCGAGGACUUUCAUGGCUAGAGGUGCUAAAAUUGAUUUGGAUAACAAAUUAGGGGAAUUCGACGAGAAUGGGUUGCCUAGGGCAUUGAAUUUGAAGAAUUCAAUUCAAGAUCUUUCAGAUAAUGGAAGAAAUGAAUCAAACAAUGAAGAAUCUGCAUCCGAAGAGAUCUUGAUUUCCUUAAAGGAUCGUUCUUUGAAGACAAGGUAUGAGAUUAAGGAGACACAAGAUGAAGAGAAUGUUUUCGUGGAUGAGGUGAUGGUGAAGGAUUCGACAUCACGUGAUCUUAAAGAAGAGUUGGAAUUGUUAAAAGCAGCUGCGGAAAUGGCAUUUGAUGACCGGCAUAGUGUUGAUUUUUACCUUGAGCAACUUAGGGAGAAAGUAGAAUCUAAAAGGCAUCAUCUUGAAGAGUUGUACUCUGAAUGGGAGGCUCUCAGAAAACCUUUGGAAGAGGAGAAGAGAAGUCUUCAAAAAAAAUUGUAUUCAGACAGGCCAGAGGCUGAAGAAAAGUUUUCAAAGCUGAAAGAGAUUGAGCUAGAAACACAUACUGUAUUAUCCGAUGUGGAAAAGAGGAAGGACGAACUUUCUGAACUUUCUAAAGAACUACAAGAGAAGCAACCCAACAUGGCAUCAAGGAAAUCCUACAUUGAUCGUGUGAAGGAGAUCACGAAGAACUGUCGGAAACAAGAUACUGAUAUAGAGCUGAUAUUAAAAGAUACAAGGGAGCUUCAGUUAGAGAGUAAUUCCAUCCAAGAACGUCUGCAUAGAACCUACGCCGUGGUGGAUGAGAUAGUAUUUAGGGAAGCUAAGAAGGAUCCAGUUGGAAGACAGGCAUAUAGGCUUCUUACAAGCAUCCACGAGAGCUUUGAACAGAUUUCCGAGAAAAUCUUGGCGACAGAUAGAGUACGACGAGAAGUGGCUGAGCGUGAGAAGAAGCUUGCAACCAUGGCUUCGCGAAGCUUAAAUGUGGACAAACUGCAGGCUGAUCUUGAUUCAAUCAUGAGGGAGAAUGAGCACCUAGAGAAAUCGCUCGAGGGCAAAGAGGAUCGAUGAAUUUCUUGUAACAGAGUAUAUUCUUUCAUUCACCACAUGUUGGACAAUUUGGUUGCAAUUCUUUCUCAUAGUUUGGAUUCACACAGAAAAUUAACUUUACUCUUCUUCAAAGAGGGAAUUUUUAAAGGGGAAAUUGUGUUGAGUGGUCUUUUUUAACCAUCUUUUUUCAUAAAUGG